CUUAAAUCCUAUACUAUACACUUUAGUUGUAGGCAAUAAUUCGAAGCACAAUUGAAGACAUGAAGCAUCAAUUUCUCGGUACGUUUCAGCUCCGAUAUGCUUAUAAAUAUCAUGAUGGUCAAUUAAUAAAUGUCCACAUAUUCCACUCUACAUCAACUCAUCAAGCUUAGAUACACGUAGAAAACUAUAUAUUUAAAAGCCCUCACAGAUUAAUGAUGUAUAAUUACUACAAGACUCACCUCUACAACAUCUCUCAACAUGACCCCAUACCGGAAAGCUACAACAUCGAUGAAAACGACAUCGAUUUCUUUGAAUCUACUUCGCAAGAGCCCCUAGUUCUGGUGCCUGACCACCCAUUGGCACGAGUGGUUGAUGAGCUUAAGCUAUCCGCUCUGAAGGAGUUCUAUCUUGAGGAGAAUCGUUCCGAGACGUUCCCCCAGAGGAACUUAGGCGUGGAACAGAGAGCCGAUAACUCUCGAGGCUCUAUCCUGAGAGACGCCCAAUUUCCUCUGAAACGCCAAUUUGCAUGUCCAUUCUACCGAUGGGACCCAAUAAGACACAUGUCAUGUUUCACGAGAUUGAGCCUCCGAGGGAUUGCAGACGUCAAACGGCACCUCUGGAACGCUCAUAAGCUGCCGCCUUAUUGCCCAAUGUGCGGUAAAACUUUCCCCACAGUGGCUCGUUGCGAUGGCCAUAUUCGACGCCGAAAUUGUGUCUUACGGGAGUUGCCGACACCCGAGGGCAUAACCAUACAACAGGUUCAGCAACUAGUCCAACCUACCGACGCCGGGACACCCGAAGAACUGCAAUGGCUGUCUAUCUGGACGAUCGUUUUCCCCGGGGCAGACUUGCCAGCUGUAACUUACCCUUCGGGCGUCGUAGAGUCUACAGUUUGCCAAUUUCGAGACUACUGGGCGUAUAACGGAGAAAGGCUUGUGUCUGACUUUCUCGAAGCGAAGGGCCUCCACAAUUACAAUCUACAGGAUGAGGACCACAGUUUUGCAGCAUUGUGCAUCACCGUCCUCUACCAAGCAACUGACUAUCUAGUUGAGAGUCUAUCGCACGAAACCUCCAACGAGUCCAUCGGAGAGCCAAGCAGGUCUUAACACCAUCAACUCACUAAUAUUUUCUAUGUCGGAACCAACAUUAGACUGUACGAUACAACUCAUGGUUCGGGGGGAGGGGGGCGGAUCCGGCAUCACUUGGUUAUUGGAUUUCUUUGUCUUACGUUUGGUGUUUUGGCCUUCUGGAAAGGCAAAUAUGUUAGAAAAAAUGCAUUCAACUACUUUAGAGUGGCAACGGGCUAUAUGCGAACGGCGCAUUGAUUUUUACAAGGAUGCGAUCAAUCGCAGUUGACUAGAAUCUUAUACAGAUAGCCCAAGCUACACUCUUGUACAUUAGAAACUCAUUAUACUCCAUUAUUAUAC